CUUCUUCCUUAUUUACUCCAACCUCUUUUAUACGCUUUUAUUAUCUUUAUAUUUCUAUAUAUAUUCUGUAUAGAAUAUGUUCACCAGCCGUGCACGGUUAAUAACCGACUGAGACAUUUGCACCAGGGCUUUUUUGGUGUGUUUACUGAGCCUGGUUUGGAGUUCUUCAUCUCUGAGCUACAAACUACAUUUUCUACCAUUUUUUUCUCUCUUACUGGUUCCAUCAGUCUGCUGGAGGAACACGAGGCUGCUGCAAAGUUUAUAAAUGGUGGAGGCCAUAGCGGAGUUCGACUACCAGGCCCAGCACGAUGACGAGUUGACCAUCGCCGUCGGCGACAUCAUCAGCAACGUCAGGAAGGAUGAGGGGGGCUGGUGGGAGGGCGAGGUGGACGGCCGGAGGGGCCUGUUUCCAGAUAACUUCGUCAGGGAGAUCAAAAAGGAGGUGAAGAAGGAGGUGAAGAAGGAAUUAAGCUCCGCCUCCCAAACCAACAAGUCAGACCUGUCCAAUGGCAGUGCCAGUCCAGGAUCAGAGUCCAGCCUCCGACCCAGCAAGAAAGGAGAGGCUAUCCGAAAGAGGCGCUGCAAAGUGGCUUUCAGCUACCUCCCGCAAAACGAGGAUGAGCUGGAACUCAAGAUCGGAGACGUCGUCGAGGUUCUGGGAGAGGUGGAGGAGGGCUGGUGGGAAGGCUGCCUCAACGGCAAGAAAGGAAUGUUCCCUUCUAACUUCACCAAAGAGUUGAUGCAAGACGCGGAGGAUCUGGCAACCCCGCCCGAGGACCCACGCAGCACAAGAACAAGCGUGAAGGACAGCACAGGUUCGGAGAGUGACGGCGGGGACAGCAGCAGCGUCGCCUCCAGCACCGAGAUCCAGCCCAAGAAGGUGCGAGGCUUCGGCUUCGGGGACAUCUUCAAAGACAAGCCCAUCAAGCUCCGGCCACGCUCCAUGGAAAUGGACAACGAGCUCGAGAAGUUAAACGUGAAGAAAUCGGCCCCUGCUGUUUCUCAGGAAACCAUGAAGACAGAGCCGGACAACAAGGCUAAAGCGAAGGAGUUCUGCAAAGUGCUGUUCCCGUACGAGGCCCAAAACGAAGACGAGAUGUCCAUCAAGGAGGGAGAAAUCGUCGCCAUUGUUAGUAAGGAAUGCGCCGAUGCCGGCUGGUGGAUGGGCGAGGUGGACGGUAAAAAGGGAGUCUUUCCCGACAACUUUGUGAAGCUCUACGUUCCCGAGGUGGAGAAAGAGAGACCUAAGAAACCACCUCCUCCAGCAGCACCUGCUAAGCACAUCACAGAGAAAAAGCCAGAGGUCAAAAAGAUUCCUCCGGAACGACCGGAGUCCCUCCCACAGCGGACUGAGGAGAGAGGUGACGAGACCAAGCCGGCAGACGUGCAGAAGCCGGUGCUGCCCGCCUUCCCGCCCAAGAAGCCCUUACCCCCGAGGAACAGCAACUCCCAGAACCGACCCAACCUGUUCCCUCCGAAACGACCCGAGAGGCCGGCCAUGCCCAACGUCCAGUCUGACAGUCCUGUGGUUCCAGACCGACCCUCUUCAGAAAAAUCUAACGACAUAGACGGAGAAGAAUUCGACUCCAUCGUCACAUCCACCGAGAAGCUGAACCAUCCCACAGCGUCCAGACCCCGCGUCAUGGACCGCCGACCACGAUCUCAGAUCUUCACAUCGUCAUCUCUCUCCAGCCCCGACCUCCUGGACUCUCCCUCCGCGGAGGAGGAGCAGAAGGAGCGGGAGAAGGCGAAGGAGCAGGACUCGUUCCCUUCCAAACCUCUGGACAACGUCAGGAAGAUGUCCAAGCCGUUGCCUGUAAUAACAGUCCCCGAGAAGUCCUCCCUGCCUCCCAAAUCCUCGUCCGGCGGUUCGGCUCUCAGGGCCCAUUCUCCCUCCCCGGAGGGACGGGGGAGGACCGAGCAAGGUCCCACCACGCUGGAGGAACUGAGAGCACAGCUCCAAAAUCUGAGGGCCACCGUGGAGCUGAUGAAGAGCCAGCACAAACAGGAGAUGAAGCAGCUUGUGAGCGAGCUGGACGACGAGAAAAAGAUUCGUUUAGGCCUUCAGAUGGACGUAGAGAACCUAAAGAAAGUCGUGUCCAAAUGAUCCCGUCGGACGAUGCCACCCGGACGUCUGGCUGAAGCCCUCAGCCAAUCAGAUUAGUGCCAAAAACAAAGAGAAAGAACAAAACUACCCGAGAACAACAGCAUAGAGAAAACAAACCAAACGUUUCAUUCCUUUCUUUUUCUUUUCUUCUCUUUAUUUUGGUUAUUUUCCUGGUUGUAGGACGGGUACUGUGCUACCCGACAGCACGAUCACGUCCUGGAGUUACGCCACCAUGGUACUGAUUUUGAUCCUGACUGAGAAACGUUCGGGUUUAACUUGACGACGGUUUACGUUGCGUUCUCGCCUCACCUUCGUGGCCUUGUUUAUUGUUUAACUUUUUUUUUUCUUUUUUUUUUUUUCCUUUAUUGUCGUGGGUGUGUGGUACUGCACGCCUCCUGUCCCACUGACUGAAGCCUUCUUUAUUCGGAUUAUCUACACUCAUAUCAUUUUCUUCCUUUUUUUUCCUUUUUUUUUGGGUUUCUGUUGUCAGCACCAACACAAAAAAAUGCACAUUUUGUUUUCUUGAUGCUGGUUCUUUUCAGAAAGUCUUAUAUAUAUAUACUUUUAUAUUUUAAUGUACUAAAUGCAUUUAUGUGUGAAAAUUUUAUUAAAAAAGUAAAAA